AUGUACCACAUAGAACUCCUCCCCAACUCAACAUCCCACAUAACUCCAGGAUGGACCUACGUACCCGAUAGAGGCUUCGACCCAGCAAAAGCAGCCAUCACGCCUGCGAUCGGCAGAAAACGAGGAAUCCGGGAUCCAGGCGGUCGUGGCGAUCUCUCGUCGAGGGAGAAUAAUGCGAUUAUAAGACAUUUGGCGGAGUUGGAUCGUGAGAAUCAUCGGGAUGUGCAGAUUGCGGUUCCGGUGAAGCAGAAAGAGCCGGCGGGGAGGGGGAAAACGACGACGAAUACGCGACGUAUCCUUCAGUCGCAAAAGACGUUCCGGAAUCAUCUCGAUGAUGAAGAGGCGCAUUUAUCGCAGACCGCGCAGACGACUGCUAGCAACGCGCCUCCGCGUCUUAGUAUCAGCAGCAAAAUGACGAAACCCUCUGCGCGAAGGAGUUCAACGCCUAUGGCAACGCCAAAGACAGAUUCUACAGCAAAGCAACGAAAACAAUCCUCCGCCGCUGCACAACAGCAACAACAGCCUCAGCAACCAGAAACACCCGCCGGACCUACCGCAGAUACAGAAACAGAACCUCCCGCGAAAAAACAACGCCUUAUCCCCUCCGAAUAUGACAACGACCCCCUCCUCCGCUCACGUAUCCCCCCCGUCCCCUCAGAACGCAUCAUGCAGGCACUUGUAUCCGAACCACCGCUAAGUUAUAACGCUGCGCGCGCUGGACCGCCGGUGACGAAAAAGGCGCCGCGGUUCUUUUGCUGUAUAUGUGGGUAUUGGGGGAAGAUACGGUGUCGGAAUUGUCAUGUGCGGAUGUGUGGGUUGGGGUGUUAUAAGGUGCAUGAGGAUUCGAGGUGUGGUGCUUUUCUUUAA